UAUUUUACCUCAUCAUUGAAGACGCGCCACUGUUGUGUUUUUCGUAGAUUCAUCAUGGCGAUGCAUGCGAAGGCGACACCGCCACAGAUUCCCGACACACGUCGGGAACUCUCGGAACUGGUCAAGAGGAAACAAGAACUUGCGGAGACGUUGGUGAACUUGGAAAGACAGAUCUAUGCAUUUGAGGGCAGCUACUUGGAAGACACCCAGAUGUAUGGGAAUAUCAUCAGAGGAUGGGACAGAUACCUCACCAACCAAAAAAAUUCCAACAGCAAGACAGACAGAAGAAACAGAAAGUUCAAGGAGGCAGAGCGUCUGUUUAGCAAGUCUUCAGUCACUUCUGUAGCAGCUGUCUGUGCACUUGGCGGGAUACCAGAUCACAUGAAUGAAAAACGUGAGCCCGGCAGUGGGACAGAGAGCGACACAUCCCCAGACCUCCAGAACCAGGAGAACGAGCCCAGUCAGGAGGACACGGAGGACGCAGACGGGGCGCUGCAGGACCUCAAACCCCAGAAGGCCGCCUCCUCCUCCUCCGGCAGCCACCACGGAAGCCACAAGAAGAGGAAAAACAAAAACAGACACAGCCCUUCUGCCAUGUUUCAUUAUGACUUCGAGUCCAGUUCCCUUAAUCCAGUUAUGAAAAAAGCUGCUCUUCCUGCCAAAAUGAGAUGGGGAGGUCACAGAUUCGACAUGAAGGUGAACAAGAAACCCAGAGCGGACUAUUCAACUUGAUGAUGAAUGGGGGGUGUUAAGUACUUCAGACCAGAACUGGCCACACAGGAGAGGUCUACCGUGAAGCAGAGAGACUUAUCUGGGCUUUGUGAACUUUAUAUGCCUUUUGUGAACUGUCUUGGUUUCUGCUUUGUGUAUAUUGCAUGAAAUGUUGCCCAUCCCACCUGCUACUGGGACUAUUUGUGUUUCAUGAUUUUCCUGCAACAACAAAAAAAAUACAAGGUGUGUCAUUGCAUGUUACUCAAUAACCAGCUUGGGUUAUUAUUGUAUAGUGUUGAACAUUCUAUAUUUAUCAUGUAACUCUCCACAUCUUCCUCUGCUCUUCUUGUGACAAAAAUAAUAUUUUACUUUUUAUUAGUCAUUGUGUAGUUUGAAUAUCCCAGCUUCUUUUUAUUAUAAUUUAGAGAUUUGUUUAGCAUAAAAUUGUAAUAAAACAUUGAAAUGAUAAAUAU